UUAAUUUUGUUUCAAAGAUGUUUGCUGCAACACAGAGUUAUAUUCCUGGACUCAGUAAAAGGCCCGUUACUCCACCAGAAGAAAAGAUUCCAGCCUCCAAAAUCCCGAAAGAGGUUCCAAAGGAGCUAAUAGACAACUUCAGGAAUGGAUCCAAGCAGCCAAUCAGUGCCCUGAAUGAGUUUUGUUCGUUACAACGCCGAGUUGUCUCUUAUCGUGAAGAUGCAGUUAUGGUUGCUACAUACAAACAGACUUUUGCCUACGUUUGUAAAGUAGAUGGUAAGGAAUAUCCGCAGGGUAUAGGCUCCACAAAGAAAGAGGCCAAAACAAACUCUGCCAAGAUUGCAUUCAACAUCAUUCUGGGAUUCAAUAAAGAGGAGGAAAUUGAUGAGGAUGAUGGGUCAGUUCAGUAUGAUGCUAUGGGAAGGAAACUGCAAACUGAGCCAGGACGUCUGGGUUCACAUGAGAAACCACUAAAACCAGAUGAUUCCAAGAACCCUAUAAACAAACUCCAGGAAUAUUGUGCCCAUAAGAUGCUUCCAUUCAAGAUUGAUGUCAGUGAUCAGCAAGGACCUCAGGGAUUUGUUGCUGCAGUUUAUGUCCGGGAUGAGUUUAUUGUGGAAACUUUUGCCAGUACGAAGAAAGAGGCAAAGAAAAAUGCAGCUGAACAGGCCCUGUACAGACUGAUGGCGAACGACGAGAUCAUCAAGAACCAGACAAUAAGUAUGACAAUGGAAGACAAAAUGGCAGAGGUUUGCUUUAGGCAUGCUCAUAAAAUACUCAACAUAGUCCCAGUAAUCCUACAGAAGGAUCUUCAUCUGGCUGCAUUUCUAGUCAAAAGAGGUGAUGCAGUGGGGGACAUCGUGGCUUUGGGGACCGGGUCCCGCACUCUGUCCAGCGAGAGCUUUACCAGGGACGGCAGAUGUCUGGUAGACAGUCACAGUGUUGUCAUGGCAAGGAGGGCGUUUCUAAAAUACCUGUAUAAAGAGGCCAAAAGUUACUUUGAGGGCAGUAAAGUGUUGUCCAUAUUUGAGCAGGAAUCAGAGAAGUCACUCAGUCUGAAGUUGAAGGAUCACAUCUCCAUUCAUCUGUACAUGAGUCACCCCAGCUGUGGAGAUUACGCUUACUAUGUGGAGGAACUACCUAAUCGCCCACUGACACCAACAACAGAAGGUUUGGUCAGUAAAGGUGCACAUGUACCGGCCUUCAGUGAGGACCUGCCCGGCUGGUUCUGUACAAAGAAUGAGGACGGGAUGGUUGAGCCUGUUGAGGAGCAUCAGAAGCCUCAGGCUGUGGAUGAGAUUGAGUCUGGGGAGGACCUGCUGGUCAUGUCCUGUAGUGACAAACUGUUACAGUGGAAUGUGUGUGGCCUCCAGGGGGCGCUGCUCAGCUACUUUAUUUCACCUGUGUAUCUGUCUUCUAUCAUUGUAGGUAAAGCUUAUGACCAUGGACAUUUCUGUCGAGCAGUGUGCUGCCGUGUUUACGAUGUCCUGCAGGAAUCUCUACCCCCUAAGUACAAAAUCACCCACCCUGUUCUCUCUCACCCAAACCUGGCCUGUCCAUUCACAGGGACACAACCUACACCUCUAAGUGCCAAUUGGUCGGAGGGGGACGAGAAAGUAGAGAUAAUUAAUGCUUACAGUGGAAGGACAGAUACUAUGUCCCCACAUCAAUCAGGCCCUUUAGGAGCCAGUAGGUUGUGCAAGGCAGGGUUUCUACAUAGAUUCAAAGAAUUAUCAAAACUGACAAAACAGCACCAGCUGUUAAACUUUGCUUCAUACUCAGCAGCAAAACAAUCUAGUCAAGCAUAUCAGACCGCGAAACACGCCUUCAGACAACACUGUGGUAUGAUUGGAAUAGGAGAAUGGGUUAGACUCCCUCCCGAGGUGGAUUUAUUCCAGAAAUAAAAUGCAGUAGUGUCAUACUUUUCCAUUCAGUACAGAUCUAGACUGGAUUUUCAGUGAAAGACAAAUACUUCAGGAGUGAGGGUCUCACAGAAAGGUGCAGAAGAAUGGCCGAAUUCAAAGCUUGCUUAUGUGAAAACAGUAUGUGAAAAAAUUUCUGUGAACCAUUUGUCUUAAU